AAUACCGACAGGUGGAUGGCCGUGGCACAAUCAAUCCAUUGCCCAACAGCUUUCAUAUUCCAAAUUUGCACAUAUAUACGAAUCGAAGCUACCACAAUUUACAAAGGAAACCAAAGCGCUCUCUCUCUCUCUCUCAAGAAACACGUUGCGUUACAGAAGCCGGCAAUCAAACAGGUUCCUUUCUGUAAGUUGAGGUUCGGUGGAAAUUGUUGUACUUUUCGACUUUUGGCAAAUAGUCUGGAGAUGGAAGACAAAACUGAAUAUAACGGAGAAGAAAAAGUGGAAAAGGAAGAAUGGCAUAUGGUGAUGAUGACCAGGGAUGUAGAACCAGGUGAACCGAAGGAGGAGAAGACUGAAGCGGAACUUGAAUUAAAGACCGAGUCAGUGGUAAAAGAAAAGCCGAAACAUGAAAAGGAUGAGGAGAAACAUAACGAUGCAGAUGAGGAGAAAUCAAAGAAGGAUAAAGACAUAGUGGAGAACGAAAAGAAGAAAGAGAACAAUGAAGCGGGAGAGAGCGAUAAGGAUAAAAAGAAGGACAAGGAAGAGAAGAAGAAAAAGAACAAGGAGAAGAACAAAGUUAAAGACGAUGAUAUAGAAGGGGGAGAAAAAGAGAAAAAGAAGAAAGAUAAAAAGGAGAAAGAGGACAAAGGUAAAGAUUUAGAGGAAGGGGAUAAGGAAAAAGAUGACAAAAAAGGAGGAAAGAAGAAGAAAGACAAGGAGGACAAAAAGAAGAAACACAAAAAUGUAGAGGAUGAGGAGGUCAAGGCUGAAGUUUCUCCCACGGAGAUUGAAAUUGUAGAAAACGUAAAGGAAUCGGAGGGGAAAAUGGAGGAGAAGACGCAGAAAGAUGAAGGAAAGGAAGGUAAAGAGAAGAAAGAUAAAGAGAAAAAGGAGAAGGGUGAGAAGGGCGAGAAGGGCGAGAACAAAAGAAAAGUCGAUAAGAAGGACAAAUGCACGGAUGUUGGAAAGCUGAAACAGAAGCUAGAGAAGAUCAAUGGAAAAAUAGAAGCCCUGCUUGAGAAAAAGUCAGACAUCACGAGGCAGAUAAAAGAAGCUGAAGGUGCAAUCCUCACUGUUGCUGAGAAGCCCACAGAUGCAGCAGUGGCUGUUGCUGAUGCAGCAUAGCGCUCUGCGGUAGCGCAUUUCACCUCUCUAUACUAAUACUCCAUAAUUUGCGUUUUAUAUUAUUGUUAGUAACAUAUAAAUGUCAUCUGUUAGUGUAUUUUUCUUGUGAUCUGCAAUUUAAGAAGUCAUCCAUGUUGAAACUAAUGUUAGUAGUAUGUACUACGAAAACCGGGUGAGCGGGAGCGGGUUCGUUUGUGUGGCAACUAACCGGAAUAUGACAGUCGUUUCAGUAGGAUGUAAAUUACUUGAAAAUUUGGUUUGUUUGUAAACAUCUAUAGAGUAUGGAUAUAACUUUGCAUA